GGUGGCUGUAAUUUAAAAAAAUCAACCUUUUUCAUACCAUGCAAAUCACUACUCAUUUUAUUCAACACACAUUCUUCCUCUGGGCACUGCCACGACUGAAGUGACCAAAACAAAACCAAUCAAACUCUCGCCAUUUGUACUCACACUCUUGGAGAAGUAAAUAUCUACAUACUCACAAUCAGAAUCCAGAUGGAUUUUAAGCUUGAGCUGAAUCAAGAACAUCCCAUGAGUUCCGAAUCGUUAAUAACAAACGCGCACGUUGCCACAGAUCUCGCCACGCAGGAUCCCGAAGCCAAGGUGAAAUGCCAGGUUUGCGGGAGAAUUUUUAAACAUCUGCCCAGCCUACGGGCUCACACUAGAAGCUUUCACACCAACCGGGAACGACCCAGUUGUGACACGUGUCAUAGCGUGUUCCUCAAUUCGUACAACUUAAGAAACCAUAUUAAAGCCUUCCACAGCACGGAGGAACGACCCCGUUUCCCAUGUACGUUCUUCGGCUGUGAAAAAUCCUACCUGAGCAAAUACGAGGCUACAAGACACCAUAAAAUUGAGCAUUCGGAGAAUCCGGUCCGAUUUCCGUGCACACUUUGCGAGAAAGGGUUGAAAACAAGGAGAGGCCUUGAGCAACACCGUUCCACCCAUACGAACGAGAAGCCGUUUAAGGGUACAACGUGUGGGAAGAGUUUCGGACACCUCGGAAACAUGAAAAGUCACGAGAUGAUACACAUUGAAAAAUCGAGCCGAGAGGUUUUCAAGUGUCACCUUUGUCCUGCAACUUCCUCCCGGAAAGAUAGCUUACAACGCCACAUCAAAGCUGUGCACGAAGAACGGAGGAAUUAUUCGUGCUCAUUUUGCGAAAAAAAGUACGCGAGUGUACACGGUUUAAAGCGUCACGUGGAGGCGAAACACCCAAUUCAUUCCUGCGAUAAAUGCGAGUACGAAACCCACUCGAAGCAUGAUUUAGAACAACAUGUGACAAGUCACCAUAUUGCGGAUACUUUUGAUUGUGACGACUGCCCCAGGAAAUUUCGCAAAUUUGAAUUGUUAGUGCAUCACAUCGGGCGAGAGCAUAUGAAUGAAAAGGAAGAUUCAAGUCGUGAAAUCUUGACAUCUUUGAUUGAUAAUUAAGAUUUUUUCAAGCGAGGAAGUUUGUUUUCCUUGCAACCCAUUUUAUAUUAGUUUAAAGCUUUCUAUUACAAUGACCUGGACAGCAGAAUGCCACUUUCUAAAGUCAGAAUUACAUAGCCCACAACUUAUUAUCAGAUACAUUUUAUUUAUAUUCAACGUUGUUUUAUUUGAUGACGACCUACGGUCAAACUUUGUAGGUGUGUUCCCGAACUCUGAUAGAUCACGGAAAUCCCUAAACAUUCUUAUCUAUCGUUAUAUAUUUCUAGAUUUUCAGACAUUUGUUAAUCUUUUCGGUAUAUGUCCCUUGAAUAGUAAUUGUUUUUUAAUUAUGUAUAAGUACUUCUUAAAUAUUCUGGCGUUUCUUGUAAGUAUUCAGUGCCGCGACAAAGGUGGAUUUGACUGGAUAAUGGUUUCCAGGCCGUACGGCCCGAAGGGCCGUACCGGGCCUGACUAAAUAUGCACUAGAUAAAAUCAGGUUUUAUGAUUAAACUUUUGAAAUCAUGAAGUUGUUAAGUUUUGAUGAAAUUGUUAAAGAAUUUAAUUUACGCUAACGUCAAUUGAA